AUGCUUUUGUGUGUGGUCAUUUCUGCAUCUGGAAUCUAUCAUUUUUUUUAUCCUAUUGUCAACCCUUUUGGUCAACAAAAGGCAAAAAGGGAACAAUCCCUUGAUUUUGGGAAGUUUUAUCGCAUUUCAUCAGACAAAAAAUUUAAUUGUCAUUCUUUUAUCUAUCUUCUGCUGGAAACUUGUUUGCUUCUAAAAGUCAAUACUCAUCUAUCAGCCAAACUCUCAGCCAGGGGUCUGUGCCUCUCCUUUGCUCACAAUGGCUGUAAAAAUAUUAUCUAUUUCUUUCCAGUUGGUCAUUGGUACUCCAGGAUAGCUCAUCACUUAGUCUCAGUUCUUAAUCAGAACCAGAUGGUCUUUUGUUUUACCUCUCCAGCAGACAAGAAAUUUAAUUACUAUCUAGUUUCUUUUUCCAAUAAGCAAAUACUUCUUUCUUUCAUUUUCCUUUGUCUGGUGAUUGAUAUAUCUUUUAGUCUAUCAGAAUUUAGUGUUUUUUCAGCCUUCUAA